GUUAAUGGGGGUCGACUCUUCACGCCUGGUGGUCUAGCGCUAAGGUGAGUCGAUCCCAGUCUGCUUCUUUUCUGGUCUAAUAGUUAAUCGGCUUGGAAAUUGAUUGGCUAGUGGGUCUCCAUUCCUGUUGCUACCUUAGACGCCAAGUUUGGCGCUUAAUAUUAGAGAAUCACCACCAGGAGUGAAGAGAGGCUGUGGCGUCAUGUGCAAUACAGAUAUGGCAGACUCGUCCCCCUCAACUCUAGCUUCUCGACUUCUCCCGUCGCUCCUCCUUCAAUCUGGCGCUCGCCAAUAUGAGGUCCAUUGAACUAGGUAGUCGAGUCUCAACGCGCUCGACAGAAACCCUGGAAGACCCCUCGUCAUCCUCUCUGCUACCAGACAGCGCCAGAAAACUUCCGCGAUUUGACACUGCACUGAGCACGCAACGACUCUGCUUUAUAGGGCUCGUCUUCUCGUAUCUCCUCUCUCUAGGUCUCAUCAUCGGCGGAACGUUGCUACUUCAUGUUUCCACCAACCAGCAAUUACACGACGGCUUCCCGGGGAGCGACCCAAUACUCCGUACUGGAAACAUCUCUAAUGCCGUCCGCGAAACCCUCGCAUUCAUCUUCAAUGCCUCCGUGACAGUAAUCACAGAGUGCCUUGGAUACAUCCACGCCACGUCGCUCCGGUGGACUCUAUAUCACGAGGGUCGCCUACGCCGCAACUCCAACAUCCGCCUGUUCACCAGCUCCCGCAACUCAACUCCCAACUCGUGGUACAUGAACGCGGUCUGGGCCAUCCUACUAGUGACCGCUCAGAGCUGCGCGUCGCAAGUGCUCGCGAAAUACGGAUACCGCACCAACAGCAUCGGCGUCAACAGCCUCGCCGUCCUCCUCCUCGGCAUAUCCAUCUUCCUCCUCUCCCUCCUCUCAACCUGGUCCCUCCACCCCACCCACCGCACCCAAAUCAUAUCCUGGAGCUCUGACCUCCUCAAUGCCGCCCUCGCCCUCCGCCACACCACGCCCCACAGCCCCGCAACCUACGACCUCUCUGCCAGCCUUCCCAAGCGCCGCCAGCCCUCCGCCCGCACCACCAGCCGCAGCGUCACCGCUACUGUCAUCUUCCUCUGGUUUGUCGCGAUCGGGUGCGCCGGCGGCUCCAUAAUAUGGUACAAGCACGACCAGGACUACCCCGACAGCAUCAACGGCGACACCGCGCCCAUACAGCUAAUCAACCACGCCGACAGCUUCGGCGCCAAUCUCGCCGUCACGGCCGUCAACAUCCUCUUCCUCGCCGGCGUGCAGAUCGUGUACGCGCUCGCACUGCACUCGGCCGAGCAGCUCGUCAACCUCUCGCGCGACGAGGCGGCGUGGCGGCGCGCAGGCUCUGAGAAAGGCGCGGUUGUCGGCGGCAGCUCGCUGGCCGGAGUUGCGAAGUCGUGGGAGGCGCUGCUGCUGCUGGCGAUGAAGCCGCUGAGCCAUUGGGUGUUCGGGCUGACGGUGUCGAUUGAUAUCGGCCAUUUUGUGGAGUAUUCGCUGCACCCGUUUGUGGGGCUCGCGGCCAUGGCGGCGGUGUUGGCUUUGUUUGGGACGUUUUUGGCGUAUAAGAGGCCGAGGGGGCCGCAGCCGGCGUUGUAUGGGGAUUUGAGGGGGUUGGGGCAGCUGGUGGAUGAGUGGGGGGAGGGAGCGGAUGGGAGGAUUUAUUGGGGUGAUAAGGGGGAUAUUGGGGGGCAGGGUGGGAUGAGGCUGGCGGGCACGUCGCCGUUCCCCGGGAGUGUGAUACCGAUCAGGUUUGAUGGGAGAGAGUAUCGGGGGUUGGUGCCGGAUAUGGAGCUACGAGAGCGGCGGGGUUUUUCUUUUUCGAGGAGUUGUUCGAGAAUAUUUGAGAGGGGGUUUCCUUGGAAGGGGAAAGGGAAGGGUGAGGGAGAGGGGUUAACGUGAGGAUUUGAAUGGUUCUAUACUCACGAAGAAAUGUUGCACCAUAGAAUCUUUGGGUUCGAAUGUGUCUAUUGUUGUUCGGCUGUGAAGUACGGAGUCAAGAUAAAGACUCCACGUUUGAGGGAAUUAUCCGGACUAGACAACAUCUCACAGAAUACUCCUUUUUGGUAUGAGGUAUCGAAAGACCGACUGACCAACUCAUAGCUCAAAUUAACAAGCUCGC